AUGCCGAUUCCGAUUUGCAAAGCCAACGCCAAAAAGCCGGCCGGAAAGCCACGUCUACGUCCUCGGCCGCUUGGGACGUGGCUGAUGCGCGCUUUGGAGCUUCGUCCGCAUUCCAAGGUGGAGGGUGCCGCUAUCUCUUGCGCCUCCAUCUCCAUCGACCCUUGCACCGACACACAUCCGUCUUUACCCAUCAUGCCACGACCAUCGGCAUCUACGCCGCACCUGAUUUGGGCGGCGGGACACUUCCUGUGCUUCUUUGCGGGGCUUCGCUACCUGGCGGGUACGGUGAUGUUUGCGACCAAAUCGGGCGGUCUUUCACGCUGGUACACCGCAACGUACCUUGGAGCCAUCCUGUCGUACUGCGUGGUGGUGUACAAGUCGUUUGGAGUACCGCAGCUCAACAAGCCGUACAUUCAGCGUGCGCUCAUGGAUGAAAAUGUCCAGUACCUCUUUCUGGCGGUAUACUGGUUCAUGUCCAAACCCAUCUUUAUUACUAUCCUCCCCUUUGUCACGUUCUCCCUCUUCCACGUGCUCACGUUCGUAAGGACGACGGUUUUGCCCGCGGUAUUUCCAUCUCCACCUCCAGCACAAGGUACGGCGCAAGGACAGCAGGGACAACAGUCCAAGGUGGCCAAGAUGGUUCAAGGUUGGGUCAAGGCGAAUUACGAUCCGGCCAUGCGCUUUGUGGCGUAUGCAGAGGUGGCCAUCUUUGCGCGUGUGCUGUUUGGUGCACUGCUGUGGAGGAACUCGCUCAUGGCUCCGCUCUUCUAUGCCCACUUCCUCCGACUCCGCUUCUACAUGAGCAGCUUCACCAGAGCUGCAUUCCAACACGUAGGUGCCGUACUCGAUGGAUAUACGCAGCAUCAAAGCUGUCCGCCUGGCGUGAGGAAGGUCUACCUCACCGUGACGGAUCUCGUAGCGAGGUACGCCAGCUCCGUGCUGAGUGUGCAGAACAACCAGGCUCAGCCUCAACAACAGCCACAGGCCGCUCAACAACAGCCAGCAGCAAGGAGGUAG